AUGCAGGCUGAGUUGGAUGCACUUGCCCUCAACAAUACUUGGUCCCUUGUGCCCCUUCCUAUUGGUUACAAAUCCAUCGAUUGCAAAUGGGUUUAUCGUAUUAAGUAUAACUCUUAUGGCACCAUUGAACGCUACAAAGCGCGUCUUGUUGCCAAAGGGUAUAUUCAGGUUAAAGGUGUGUAUUAUCUUGAAACCUUUUCUCCUACUGCUAAACUCACUACUCUCCCCUGCUUACUUGCCAUUGCCGCUUCUCGUAAUUGGUUUCUCCACCAUUUGGAUGUCCAAAACGCCUUCCUUCAUGGCGAUCUUGACGAAAAGGUUUAUGUGGUUCCUCCUCCCGGUCUUUGCCGACAGGGGGAGAACUUGUGGCUAAAGCUCUUAGAAAGAAACUUACUUCGGCAUCGGAGGGUCUUAGGCUGGUUCCACGCCGGUGCCAUAGACCUCACGAGCCUUGGCUUCCUUUGA